AUGGAGUCUAACCGAUCCAGCUCUUCUGUAGACUUAUCGCUCACUUCUCCUUUAAGCUUUAGUAAGAAAUGAAAGCCAAUCCGCCUUAAAAAUCUCAAUGAGGAAAGAGCCCAUAUGAGAACUUAUGGAAAAAAUCAAGAAUCAUCUGCCAACGACUCAGCAUUUUUUUCAGAAGAGACAACUUUGAAUCUCACAGCCUCUUGCAUUUUCAACGAAAGUUUUAUGAAAUGCAAGCUUCAGUCACCUAAAUUUCAGAGAAGGAGUGAGGUGAGCUUAGAACAUAAUGAAUCUAUUCUUGCUCUGGCCUCAGCAGCAAAUCAGUCAUUAUGUUCAAUACUUAAAAGAGAAAAAACCAAGGCUACUAAUAUUGAAAAUAGACACUCUCAAAGCUCAACUUCGGGCUCAGAAUCGAGCUUAGCAUUAAAAGAAUCUAAUCCCCCCUCUGCUAGCGAACAAAAAAAUGGAAAAAUUCCUAGUAGAAAACCACAGCUAAUAAAAAAUUAUUUUAAUAUAAACUUCCUUAGCUGUAGCCAUUAAAAAAUUAACAUUAAUUAUAGAUUAGAGUUCUUCCUCCUUUUAUGCCUCACCCGAGACUAUUCUUCGUAGAAGAUUCGCUCAGCUCCCUGGGUAUGUCAGCAUGUCCACCAGAGAUAGCUCUGCUCCUGGUCAAAUGCUGUCUUGGAACUUUGGAUAUGCAGGCUUGGGCUUGACGGCUGUUGCUUGAGUGACUAGAGUUACAGCUAGGAAUAAACUCCCAAGCUAGCAUUGGUACAAACUAUGCCUUCGUCAUUGGCACGAGUGGCCUCUAGAGGCAAAAGGCCUUUUCCCAAAUGUCCAUCGAAAAGACACAAAUCUUCAUUGACGGAUGAGGAAGACAAAACCCAAUGGGAAACAAAUGCCAGUACAUGGAGACUCUGUUUCCUGUUCGGUUUGGCUCCAGGCCGCAGACAGGUUCCCAAACUCUAAAAAGGUCCGGAAGAGGACGGGUCGAUGAAGCGCGAUUUUAUUUAUGUGUACCUUAGCCAUAGACAGUCCCCUUUUUUUCAGUCAGAAGCUGUCAUAAUAUAGAUUAGCUAUGGCAAGUAAGCCAAUUACUAGCAACCAAAAAAUAUCAAAGGGCUAUACAUAACAAUUUGUAUAAUGAAAUCUCUAGCUAAUUUUGUUGAAUCUUAAAAUCUUGCAUUUUAAAACAUAAAUUUUACAAUUCUGUGAAUUGGGAUUUUUUUUAAAUUUAGAAGAAAACAUUUAUUAAUUUUUUUAAAAAAUAAUCCUCUGUGAGCAAGCAUAAAGCUUUGCUCUCUAAUGGAGAGGGGAAUAAUGGAAAAAAUUCAAAAAUCUCAAAGCUAGGCAAUGAUAUUAAGCCAGUUCCAUCAUUAAAAAUCCUUCAAAAAACACCUGAUGUUUCUCCAAUACGCCCUCUUCCUGAAAAGAAAUCAAAAAUUCCUCAAAAAGAAAAAAAGGAAAUUCAAAAAUCACCCAAUGAAAAAACAAGAGUAUAUAAGCCAAUUCUUACCAAAUCUGAAAAAUUUGAUAUCAUUUUCGCUGAGAAAAUUUUGCCAGUUCUAUUAAAAAGUACAAAGCAUAAAGACAAAGCAAUAGAAAACCAUAAACCAGGGCCUGAUAAUGAAGUUAAAGCUGCUGAAAAGCCAAAAGGAAGCAUCAUAAUUAAUAGAGUCAUAAAAUCUCAAGGAAAGAAAAAAUAA